CUCUCUCACUUCGGCCACAAUCCCACGAUUGCGGCCCAACAAAACUUUCCAGCAUCUCGGUUUGGCAUCUUAUCGCGGCCUUUUCGGCUGUUCAGGCUUGUGUUUGCAUGCGUUAUCUUUGGGUAGCUUGUGCCUUCUUCUGUGCCGGGUUAGAGUCGCUGAGUUUACUCCCUUUUGAAAUAUGUGGCUUAAAGAGGUGGCAUUGGACAAUAGAGAAAUGCGGCACGAAGCGGAUGGACGUCCCUCCGUCUGACUUAUAUUCGAGGCAGCUGCGUGCCUCUUCACCUUCGAGCAUGCCUACUAUCCAUAAUCCGCCCAUAUCGGGAUAUUUGUGUAGAUUGACGAAAUAUGUAUAUAUCUGUGUCUAGGAGGUAGGACAGCCGCAUUGGUUCAUUACCCAUAGGCGAGCUAUAUUGCUUGCCCUGAAUGCGAAUAUAUUACUAGGGUUCCUUUCGCGUUUUCACU